GCAUUCUUCAGUCAAUUGUUAAACCAGCGCCCCAAGUUUGUGGAGAUGUAAACCACACUUUUUUAUUCAGUCGUUAAGCCAGCGUCCAUAGCUGAAGCAGUCGCAAUGGACGGAAUAUCUUUCUUUGACACAAACGCCGCAGUGGAAAAGAUGCGAAUAAGUUCGCAAACGAAGAAACGUGUUACGAUAAAUCAACGUGGCUAUGUGGUCAGCCCUACGGUGUUCGAUGGAUCCGUAUUCGGUGAAUGGAAAUACAAUUUCUUCGUCAAAGAACUCGUGUCUAUGGCUCAUGGGUUACUCAAGCAGAAAUCCAACACCGAAAGCUCUCUGAAGUUUCUAGAAGUUGGCGCAGGUAUGGGUGCUAUUGCUAUAGAAUUCGCACUUCAAGUCCCACAAGCUGAGGUUUGGGCGACGGACAUCAAUCCAGCAGCCGUUGAAGAUGUGGCUGAGAACGCCUGCCUCCACGGAGUAGCAAACUCGGUGACAGCCAUUCAAGCGGAUGUGUUUGACUGUGAUGGCCUCAAAGGGAUGAAAUUCGAUAUGAUAUUCUUCCGUCAGCCAGGCGCAUUUCGGGAGGACUGCGACGAAAAAGACCUCGACAUGUUGGCGAGAACUGUAUGGGAUCCCAAUUACAGCGUAAUAGAAAGAUACCUCAAAGGUGCGCGGGGGUUUCUGGGUAAUGGUGGGAAACUCCUCCUUACUACGCCAGUCUCAGGGUGGGGGCUAGACGAAGAAAAGCUCGAGGAAAAGGUGCGCGAGGCAUCGUGGGAGUUGAAAGUUGUAAGAGUUUUGGAGCCUCGAUCGGAAGUGUGUGCUGGAGUAAAAGUCAAUGAACUUGUCGAUAUAGCCAAAAUGACAUUUUAAAUCUCUGUGUCUUGCCUUUUAUAGCCCAUAGGAUCCAUGAUGGCGUGAAAUAAUCAUUUAAUCGAUCAAUGUCUCGUGUUUGUCUAAAUGGUCUAAAAGUUUCUGGCGAAAGAAAAAAAAAUUGUCUUUUGACAUUUCGUUCGGUCAUGCAUAAAAGGGAGACUACAUACCAUAUUUUAUAGUCCUUAUCAAUCAUUUUCUUGCAUAUAAUCCUGUUUUUCAUAGUCCUUAGUGGCACAUAGGAACCCCCAUUUUCUUCUACCGCAGGCAGUUAGGUGUCCAAGUCUCCCAUAGAACAUUCUGAAGGACACGAUGUUUGAAACGGAAUGUUUAAUAAAAAUCCUUUAAUA